AUGGCAAUCUUUCGUGUGCUAACGCCGCAGAAGCGUGGUAGCGCCCGUGGAUUCUACACCUGCUUGGCUCAUAUAGCGACACGAUCGGCGGCAUACGUCAGAGAUGCGCUUGUAACGGGCGGCAGUUUCGGCGAGCACAGAACAAGUUGCGCAGCGCGGGCCUCGGCGCCGUCAAGCCGCCACACCAGAGGCCUACAUACUUCUGCAUUUAGGCGUAACAAGGACCCCUACUCCGUGCUCGGAGUAAGCCGAAACGCUUCCACAGACGAGAUCAAACGGAAGUUUCGGGAGCUGGCGAAGAAAUACCACCCGGACCUCAACCCUUCGCCGGAUGCGAAGCAGAAGAUGGCGGAGAUAUCGAGCGCAUACGAACUACUCUCUGAUCCCCAGAAACGCAAGAUUUACGACCAGACUGGCAUGAACUCGAGCGACGGUGGAUACGACCCAUCUGCGGGAUUCAGCGGCUUCGGCGACUCAUCUUUCAUGUUCACUGACUUCGCGGAGAUGUUCUCGCGCAUGGCAGGAGCUCAUGGCGCCGGUAACGCAUUCACGGGGAGCACCCGUGGCGACGACAUCCAGACCGAGAUAAGCAUUACGUUCAUGGAAGCAGUCAAGGGGUGUUCUAAGAACAUCAACAUCCCUGCCAGGGUGGCUUGUGGCGAUUGCAAGGGGCUAGGUCGGCAACCGGGAACAAGCAUAGAGGUGUGCAAAAUAUGCAACGGGACGGGUAAGCGCCGUCGUCACGGAUUUGACUUAUUUGUAACAGGAGUACAACGCAUGGAACGCGGCCCCAUCAUCAUCGGUGUUCCGUGCAGGACGUGUAGCGGCACGGGCCAGGUCAUCGCACAUCCUUGCCGCGCCUGCGGGGGAACGGGCGACAGGGCGCAGACGAAGUCCGUGAACGUCACCAUACCCGCUGGAGUCAGGCAGGGAAUGCAAAUGCGUAUACCCAACCAAGGGCACGUUGGGAUGCGCGGCGGGAAGAGCGGUCACCUGUUCGUGAACAUCAACAUCCAACCGCACCAUAUUUUCAAGUGGAUCGAUGACGACAUUCACGUCCACUUGCCCAUAUCGCUCAAGCAGUGCCUGCUCGGGGGGAACGUGGUGGUGCCCACGCUCGACGGAUACACCGACCUCACCAUCGCCCCCAACUGCCAGCCCUUCUUCAUCAAGACGCUCAAGAACAAGGGCCCGCCCAAGGUAGAUAGCCGUAACAACGGUAACUUGGUCGUGCACCUCGAGCUCAGGCUCCCGGACACACUCACCGCUCGGCAGAAGGAGCUGGUCGAGGAGUUCGAGAAGGAAACUUCCAGUGACCCGCGCUCGUCCCGCAACACCAACGAAAACGCACACGAAGAAGACAAAACCCGCUGGUGGAAGCGCGUUGUCGGCGCAAAAACCCACUAA